AUCAAUUGGUGAGAAACCCUCGUUUACAUGUGUUGAUGAUUGAAAUUGCAGACCCCUUUCCUUUCUUUAUGAGAUGAUCAUCAUCAAUCAUUCUCCCCUUCUCUGAGAAACCAAGCAAGCUAUUGGAGUGUCGUCGAAUUUGCAUUUUAUAUUUAUUGCCACAGGAUAUAUAUGAUGAGGACAAGGCCAACGGCAGUGUUCAUGGCAUUCGGAACCAAAGGCGAUGUCAAUCCUUUGGCAGCCAUAGCUGCAGCUUUCUCCCGUGAUCAACACCAAUAUCAUGUCUAUUUUGUAACUCAUUCAGCACACCAGGUUAUUGGUCUACUAAAAGGAGUUUUGCAGCCAUGAACCAUAAACAUAGAUAACACUAUUUGAGAAACACAUUCUUAUCACGAAGGCGGGUUAUGUCUGGAUUCAAAUCUAAGCCUUGAUUACGUACAAAUAAUGUGUCAUAUUUUUGUCUUUCAUUCUGGAGGAUAGAGCUUGAGAGUUUAUUUGGAAGCAAAGGGAGUUAUGUUUUUUCCAGCUUCAACACCACCUGUUCUUUCUCCUUCACAACAUCAUGGUUCCAUGGAGGAUUCCUUCUCUAAACAUAAAAAGGAACUUACCAGAAAACAUAGAGAAGAGUGCAUUUCCAUUAUUGAGGGUAUAUUUGGAGAUGGGUCUAGCACGCACAAAGAUUUUAUUGCCAUCAAUUUCUUUGCAUUGGAAGGUUGGAGUCUUGCAGAGCUUUUCAAGGUUCGUUGUGUUGUUGCUGCUCCUUAUGUUGUUCCUUACAGUGCCCCUGCUUCAUUUGAAAGGCAAUUUAGGAGAGAGCUCCCGCUUUUGUAUAAGUAUCUCCAGGAAGCACCUGCUGGCAAGGUUGGUUGGAAAGAUGUUAAUCACUGGAUGUGGCCACUUUUUACUGAGGAGUGGGGAUCAUGGAGAAGCCAUGACCUAAAGCUGAGUUCCUGUCCUUUUACGGAUCCAGUAACAGGUCUUCCAACAUGGAAUUACCGACCACCUUCUCCCAUGCUAUUGUAUGGAUUUAGCAAAGAAAUUGUGGAAUGUCCUGCAGCUUACUGGCCAUCAAGAGUCCGGGUUUGUGGUUUUUGGUUUCUUCCCAUUGAUCGCCUAUUCUCAUGUAACAAAUGUUUGGAAGGAUCUGCAUUGGCUUCUACAGAGUUAAAAGCAAAAAAUGGGUUGUGUCUUGCUCACACCAGGUUGCAAUACUUCUUGAGUACUUCUGGACAACACCCGCCACCUAUUUUCAUAAGUCUCAGUUCUAUCGGAAGCAUGGGUUUUAUGACGAACCCUUGGGCAUUUCUUCGGGUACUUGGACAUGUUUUGGACAUCACAAGUUACAGGUUUAUUCUGCUGUCAGCUGGAUAUGAGCCUUUAAACGACGUAAUCCAACUGUGUGCUCAAGAAUCAUCUUCAUGUUCAGAACAAACACCAUGCAACAAUGAUGAUGGAGUUUUUCUUUUCAGUGGCCGGUUUCUUUCUUUACCAGGUAGUUCUAUAUCAUACAACUGGUUGUUUCCAAGAUGUGCUGCUGCAAUCCAUCACGGGGGAAGUGGGUCCACUGCUGCUGCACUGCAAGCUGGAAUUCCUCAGGUGAUAUGUCCAUUUAUGCUGGAUCAGUUCUAUUGGGCAGAUAGGAUGUUUUGGCUUGGGGUUGGUGCAGAGCCGCUGAAAAGAGAGCACUUGGUACCGGACACAAAUGAUAGCUGCGGCAGCAGCAUCAAAGAAGGAGCCAAAAUGCUUGCGAAGGCCAUAAACUUUGCUCUCUCUUCUCAAGUUAAAGAACGUGCAUUGCAGCUUGCAAUCACUCUGUCUACUGAGGAGGAUGGAGUAGCACAAGCAGUGAAGAACUUGACUGAAGAGCUCGGCGGAGGGGAGAUAUGGUAAACCGGUGAAGUGCAGUUUUGGGGAAGAUAAGCAGGGCCGUCUAAUGAAUUUGAAGGCCCCGGUUCAAAAUGUAAAAUCGGGGCACCGCAUUUCUAUAAAAUAUUAAAAAAAAAUCUCAAUCUAAAUACUUAUACUCAAAUCAAUUGAUUACUGAUUAAAAGAGAACUAAAAGAGUAAAAUGACCAACGAAAAAAUGAUGAAUCUAUAUUUUUCUUCCUUACUAGGUAGAGUUUUUUCC